AUGGCGACCGAGCAGCCGCAAAAGACCUUCGCUGGGCCGAGCAAGACGGUCCACGCGGACUAUCCGCUCAUUGACAAUGACCCCCAUUUUAAGCGCGUUAUCGGCUAUGCCAGGACAUCAGACUACGCCGUCGGAGGUCUCGCCGCAUUGUCGGGACCGGGCCUGAUGUAUGCCGUCGAGAAGUUUGCGCCGUCGCACGCUGGACGUGGAGCUUUCCCCAAGAUCAUGCGUUUGGCCGGUGCGAUUGGUAUCACUGGCGGCUUCCUCAUCUUCUACCAGCGCUCGAUCCUUCGAUUCUACGGUGCCACCGAGAACCGCCGCGAGGUCGAGAUGGACAUGCGCGAAAUGGUCGACAAGGUCAAACGUGGCGAGUCGUUGUACGGCGAGUCCCAGCUCUCGCCGCACAUGCAGGGCGUCGCGGCGCGACAAAGUCGCUACUCGGCGCUGUUUAUGGGCGUGGUUCCCUGGUUCAACUUUGUGAACCACUCGCAGCACGGCGUGGAUACGGCAAAGUACUACCAGCAGGCAGAGCGGGAGCUGGAGGCCGAGAAGAAGGCUUAG